AUGGGUACGCGUGCGUCGAACGUCGCGUCGUCGUCUUCACGGGCGUCGCCGCGCGUCCCGCUGACGUGUUCGCGCGAGGUGGAGGCGGCGCUGCGAUCGGGCGCGCCGGUGGUGGCGCUGGAGUCCACGAUCGUGGCGCACGGGAUGCCGUUUCCGGAGAAUUUAAAGACGGCGCUGGAGGUGGAGGCGCUCGUGCGAACGCUCGGGGCGACGCCGGCCACGAUCGCGGUGAUCGAUGGUGUCGCCCGCGUUGGGCUGAACGAUUCGGAAUUGAAACGUAUCGCCGAGUUAGGGGAGCGGUGCGCCAAGGCGUCGAGGAGGGAUCUCGCGCACGCGUGCGGGACGGGAUCGACGGCGGCGACGACGGUGAGCGGAACCAUGGCGCUCGCGCGAAUGGCGGGUGUGGACGUGUUCGUCACGGGCGGGAUCGGUGGCGUGCAUCGAGGUGGGGAGAGCACGAUGGACGUGAGCGCGGAUUUGAUCGAGCUCGGACGGACGAAUGUGGCGGUGAUUUGCGCCGGGGUGAAGUCGAUUUUAGACGUGCCGCGAACGCUCGAGGUGCUGGAGACGCAUGGGGCGACGGUGUGCGCGUACGGCGUCGAUGAGUUCCCGGCGUUCUUCACGAGGACAAGUGGCUCGAGGGCUCCUUUGCGCGUCGAUACCCCGCUCGAAGCGGCGCGCGUGAUCGACGCCAGUUUGCGCCUAGGUUUGAGCAACGGAAGCGUCUUUGCGGUGCCGAUUCCAAGCGAACACGAGGCGCUCGGGCAAGUCGUCGAGCAGGCGACGAGUCAAGCCCUACGCGAGAUCGAGACGCGUAAGAUUAUCGGUAGGGAAGUCACGCCGUACGUCUUAAAGCGCGUGGCUGAGCUCACGGAUGGGGCUAGUCUCAAGGCGAACAUCGCUUUGGUGAAAAACAAUGCGCGAAUCGGCGCGGCAAUCGCAGUCGAGCUGGCAAAGUUGCGUAAAGGGGUGAGCGCGUAA